AUGUCAUCUCACAUCAACAACAAUAAUACUCUCCCCUCAUCUCAAUUCGGCUUCAGAGCCAAACACUCCACAAUCCACCAAGUGCAUAGAGUAGUUGACGCCAUUUCAACUUCACUCGAACGCAAACAAUAUUGUUCCUGUGUGUUCCUCGAUAUCUCUCAGGCAUUCGACCGUGUUUGGCUUGAUGGUCUUCUCUUCAAAAUUCGAAAUUGCCUCCCUUCAUCUCUAUUUCUGUUAAUUAAAUCUUACCUAACAGAUAGAUACUUUCAAAUUCGCUUUGGCUCGAGUAUCUCAGAAAUGGCUCUAAUCCAAGCAGGAGUACCUCAAGGUGGUAUCCUAUCUCCUCUCCUAUUUAACAUUUAUGUCUCAGAUCAGCCCAUAACUCAGGGCACUAUUGUAGCUGACUUCGCAGAUGAUAAAGCGAUAAUAGCAAUACACGAAGAUGAUCUAAUUGCCUCGGCCAAUCUUCAAAUACAUUUAGACCUUAUUUCGCAAUGGUACUCCAAAUGGAGAAUAAAACUAAAUCACAAUAAGUCGGUUCACACGACCUUUACUCUGAAACAAGGAAUCUGUCCACCUGUAUCUGUAGACAACAUACCUAUUCCGCCGUCUGACACCAUUAAAUACUUAGGCUUGACCCUUGACAAAAGGUUAACUUGGAAACAGCACAAAAGGUCCAAACGAUUAACUUUAAACGCUCGCUCUCGCACCCUCAAACACCUCUUAUCAAAAAAUAAAUUCACUAAACUUAGAACUAAACUACUCUUAUAUAAGUCGCUACUUAAACCCAUUUGGACUUAUGGUGUACAGUUGUGGGGGUCGGCCAAAAAAACUAAUGUUAAUAAAAUUCAGACUUUCCAGAACAUCACACUUCGCAAAAUAGCAAAUGCCCCACCGUAUGUAUCCAAUUUAAUCCUCCACANUAAACUUAGAACUAAACUACUCUUAUAUAAGUCGCUACUUAAACCCAUUUGGACUUACGGUUUACAGUUGUGGGGGUCAGUUUACAGUUGUGGGGGUCAGCCAAAAAAACUAAUGUUAAUAAAAUUCAGACUUUCCAGAACAUCACACUUCGCAAAAUAGCAAAUGCCCCACCGUAUGUAUCCAAUUUAAUCCUCCACAAUGAUCUGCACAUGAAAACUAUUGAGGAAGAAUCGGUAAUUUAUUACAAGCGAUUCUUUUCACGUCUUGCCAAUCACACAAAUCCACUAAUCAGAAAUCUAAAUACAUUAACUCUGCCUGAAGCUCCUCGACGCCGUCUGAAAAGGAGAUGGUGCAGAGACCUUCUAAUCGAAUAG